AAGAUGGAUGCUCCCAAAGAAGCUCAGCCUACAGGAGAGUUCAAAUGUCAGCUAUGUGGCUUAACAGCUCCGUAUACGUACUAUGGGCAGAAGCCACCAAACACACACUCUAUUGUGCUUUUGGAAGAAAGCUAUGUUAUGAAGGAUCCUUUCACCCCUGACAAGGACAAAUUCCUCAUCCUUGGGUCUCACUGCAGUUUGUGUAGCAGAUCGGUGUGCGUUGGUCCAGAAUGUAGUCUGUUUUACUCCAAAAGGUUCUGCCUCCCCUGUGUGAAUGAAAACCUAAAGGCCUUUCCUUUGGAAAUACAAGAAGAUAUGGAUAAAAGGAAGCCCCAACAAAAAUCCCUCCCCUGUAAAAAAACGGAUACACGAACAUAAAUACUGAAGGACUAAGAGAGACCAUUCCGUGGCUGGGGUUUCUCCUCUUUCCUUUUGGAGACUAUCGUGUUGCUCCUUUUAAAGAAGUGACCUUCAUCAGCUCGCUACUACAGAACACAGUAACACAUUUCUUUACACUUGGCUUGGCUUCAAACAUCAUCACGCAGCGAUUGCCGUGCCAGCAAGUAUGGCCUUAAGGUGUUGAAGAGCCAGAAAGAAAGGCAGACAAGCCUGUUGUCACCACGUAAAACGCAUGUAGUAAAAAACCUAAACAGCGUAUAGCAUAGGAACCGUGUCCAAAUAUUCACAUUUGUUAUUUUACUGUUCAGUGUUGUUCUUGACACUCCUACAGUGUUAUGAAAAUCCAAGACAGAUUUAUCUGGCUUAAUUCAGUAUACAUCCAAGAAAGUCAGUAUGCACCAAUUGUUAACUUGACAGUGCUGUCCUGAUAAGAUUGCAGUAGGCAAGGAAUUCAAAGCUUUAAGUCUGAAAUAAAACUGUUAUGCAAAAAUGUCACAGGUACCCAUAGAAAUAGCUAGAUUCUUCAAGAUUAUAAUCUCAAUGCUAUCACAGCAUUAAGACUGAUGAAAGUAGGUGCUCUUAUAAUAAAAGAUAACUUACAAGUCACUUGUGCUUGCAGUCACUUUCCCCUCCACCUUCCAGUCCAAAUCAAUAUAGCAAUAGGAGAGGACCUUUAAUAGGUCCAGUUUAUGCUUUACAAGUAAAGAGGACUUCCUUUUCACUUUCACAUCAGU